CGUUUUGUCCGACCCAUUAAAUAGAUCAAGAAAAAAAAAAAAUUAUUUACAUACAAUACUAUUAUUAAAUAUGAGCUUUAAUGUUGAUGACCCUUUAGCUGGUAUACUAAGUGAUGGUAGUGAUGAUAGUUUCUUCGACGACGAUAUCAUUGGAAAGAAAAAGCCAACUAAGAAAAACUUGACUCCAACACUGGAAAAGAAAAAUGCUUUGUUUGAUUUAGAUUCAGACAAACCUAAAGCAACUGUUGUUAUAUUAGACGAUAAGGAUGAAGGUCUAUCGACUGUAAGUAAAAGUGAUAGUAAAAAAGGUUUUGAUUUUGAAAUGACAUCUUCAACAAAAAUAAGCAAAGACUCUUUCAAAACUGAGGUUAAUAGUAAAACGGUAGAUAAAUUAAAUAUCAUGAAAUCACCUUCCAAAAAUCGGAGCGCCAGUCAUGACACUCUUGAUAUAUUAGGUGAUUUAGGAGGGCCUAAAAAGGAAACUGUGAAACCAUUGGAAAAGGGCAAGAGUUCACAGUCUUUGCUCGAUGAUAUUCUUGGAGAAUCAUCUAAGCCAAUUGCAACAACACAAGCUAGGCCUAGCACUGCUGCCAAAACAACCGGUUUCGAUUUUGAUUCAAUUUUAGGUAAAAGUGAAGAUAAGCAAACAAGACAAGGAAGAAAUACACCCCAAAAGCCUAAUAUUCAAGUGAAAAAUACAAAAGAAGAUUUAGCUCCUAUAAAAAAGUCAAGUGAGGAUUGGCUUGGUAUAUUUAAAGAUAAUGAUGAAAAUAAUGAUGAAGGCGAUGAUACCGGUAUGCCAGCCUGGUUGGCCGGUGGUGACACUAAAAAGAAAAAGGCAGAUCAGUCAAAUAAAUCUUCAAGUAAACCAGAAAUAAAAGAAGUUCAAAUUGAUAAUAAAGAUAUUGAAGAACCAAUAAAACAAAGAGAGGUAGACCAGCCUGAAUUAAAUAAUCUGGGAUAUUCGAAACCAGUUCCUAAUGCAACGCUAAUGCAUGCAAGUAAUGAAGAUAUAGCAACAGAAGGUGCCACUUUAUAUUUGCAACAACAAGAAUCUCAACUAAUGGUCGCAUUACAGUUAAAGGCUCAAGAGGAAAAACUGGCUGCAUUGCAGAUGCGCCAAAAAGAAAGCCAGAGAGUGCAACGUGAAGCGGCGUUGGCGCAACAUUCGCAGUUAGACGCCAUGUUACAGCGGCAAGCCGCACACAGGCAACAGAUGCAAGCUAUCAUCUCCGCUCAUCAGGAGAGAAUCACGCAGAGGAUUAAGGAUUUGCUAGGAACCAGUGAUAUAGAUCAAGACCGCAUUACAAUAAACCCGGAUGAUGAAGUGGACACAGGACGAGCAGAACAGAGGGAGACGCCCCAUAUGAAGGAAAAAAAGCAGUUGCUUCAAUUAGUUCAGUCUUUACAGGAAAAUCACGACAAAGAAAUAGAUCUAAUGGAGACAUCUUAUAGACGUCAGUUAGCAUUUUUAGAAAUCUCGCUAAGCCAAUCUGAGGAAAGAAUGAAAGAAGAAAGCGACAAACUGGUGAAGUUCUAUUCAGAGAAGAUUAGUUGGCUAGAAGAGCACCAUCAGCUGCACAAGAAAAUGACUGAAGAUAACUUAAAAGAAAUGACAGAACGACACAAAGCUGAAAAUGAAUUAGUAAGGCAGCAACAUUUGGAGAACAUAAGGGUGUUGCAGGAACACCACGUGUCUCUAAUGGAAAACAUUAAGAAAGCAGUAAAACAAGAACAAGUUCUUAUACAAGAUUCAGCAGGAUUUUCGUCAGAUCUUCAUGAAUUGGUCAAAGAUGUCAAGGAGAGUAAAUCCCAGUGCCAAAUUUUAGUAGAAACUAUACAAACGUUAUCAGAGAAUACCCAUAAGGAUACUGAAAGGAGUGUGCAGUUAAGGGAAAUGCAAAUUAAUGAUAUCCUUCAACAGCUGAAAAGAGAUCGUGAAAAUUUUGAGAUAGAAAAAACUGAAACAAGAGAUAUUGUCAAAAUGAUGGAGAGUAGGCUGAAGCAAAUGACAAGCAUGAUCGAGGAAGAUGCAGCUGCAAUGAAACAGAAGAAAAUGGAGUUUGAAUUUGAAAAAGCGACGUUCAGUAAACAAACUGAAUUUGCCAAAAAUCUUCUGAAGAAGCAAGAUGAAGAAAUAAAGAUCAUGAGAGAUGAUAUCCAAAAAGAGUAUCAAGAGAAAAUAUCAAAGAUAGAUGAAGAAAGGAAGAAAGCUGUGACAGACAGUGCAGCGUUAGCAAAGGAAAAAGCUUCUAUACAAAGCAUAAAGCAAGAACUUGAGACUUUGAAGGCGGAAUUACACGCUCAACUAGAAGAAGUCACAGAAGAGCGAUCGAAGUUGAAUAUAGAGAAACAACAGAUACACAUGGAAGAGCAGAGAAUUUUAGCCAAGAGCCGUGAUUUGGAUUUAUUGGCAAAAACAGCGAUGGAUAGACAGUCGCAAGCGGAUAAGAAAUAUUCUGAAGCUGAAUUUCUACAGCACAAAUACGAAGAAAGAAUUCGCCGCAUUCAAGAACAUGUGGUUUCGCUGAAUACAAGGGAAAAACAAAUAGCUAGAGAAAAGGUGGCGCUGUCUAGGGAAAGGUUGAAUUUGCACAACGAUCGAAAGCAAAUAGCAAGUCGAUUACCAUGUUCUUUAUGCAAGUCUUCCCAAAGUGUGCCACAGUAUUACGAACCGAAUUAUAUUCCAGAUGCUUUUAAUCUUUCUGUGACCAGAGAUGUUAGUGGUCCAAAUGUCGAAGUGAGCUCUGCGAUGAAUGCAAUAGAACAAGAGAUGGCAUUUCUUAUGAGCAGGAAUUUUAGCUUGAGACACAGUACUGGUACUGCGACGUCUAUAGUACAUGAUGAAGGAAAAGCCGAAGGGAGAGGUGGCGAUAACUUACAAAGUUCUCAACCUGAAUCUGCAAUCUUGAAGGAUUACAUGGACCCAAAAUUCAUGAUGCUGCGAUUAGAUGUGCAGCAAGUGUUAAGCAAUUUAGACCAAAAUAAAAAAGAAUGUGACGACAAAAAUAAUGUAGAAGAGUAAGGAAAUCAUAUUGAGCGUAUCGGCUUGAAUAAUCGGACUUACCUCAUCAUCACUCAUCUGAGAGAGUUCGUGGGCCAGUGAGUUGGUGCCGACGAGUGGGCCACUGACGCCAUCCAAUAAACUACGACCUUCUUCUACUCCACGCGUGAGGAUU